UUGUCUUUCAGGUUUUCCCACACCCACACACACACACACACACACCCACCCACCCAUAGAUGCCUACACCUGCUGAGAGUAGAAAAUAAAUCUCUCUCACACAGUGCUGGAGUUCCUGUGUCUCUGACAGUUUGCUUUUCUCCAAGCAUCGGACAGCGAUGAUGCUAGGUGCGUGUGAUUGAGUGUGUCUCUCUUCAGGGACUGCGUCUGCCUGCGACCACCAUUGACUGUGACACUUGCCCGAAGUGUGUCGCCUCACACACACGCCCACACUCAUCAUGGCAGCGGAGUGUGUUCCGGAGGGGCCCGACCUUAAGGAGAUGGGCGACGAAGAUGUGUGGGAGCUGAUCAACGACAACCGCCAUCGUAUCUCCCUGGGUGUGAAACCAUGUAUGUUGAUCCCRUACCUGCGCCAGGCCAGGGUCCUCACAGAGAUGGAUGAAGAUGAGAUCCUCUCCAGCCUCAAGCUCACCAACCGCUCCAUGAGGACCAGUCACAUGCUGGACCUGCUGCGUAUCCAGGGGAGGAACGGUGCAAUGGCCCUGCUGGAGAGCCUGAUGAUCCACUACCCCGCCCUCUACACCCAGGUCACAGGCCGCAAGCCCAGCACCGAGCCCUCUGGCUUCAGUGGCCUGAUUAAGUACUCGGACUUGACCGAGUACUUGGUCAGAGCCGUGACAGGGAUGCAGAAGGAGCUGCAGGAGGCUCGGCAGGAGGCCAGUCGGCUGGGGUCCCGUUGCACCUCCCUGGAGGUGGAGCUAGGUCAGACGCUGGAGCAGCAGGAAGAGUCUCGCCGUCUUACGGCCGACCACGACCGCAUGAGGAAGAACUUGGCUGCCGCGCACCACGACAUCUUGAAGCUGAAGGACGAGAAGUGUGACCUGUAUGUGCGGUACACGGCCGCCAUCGAGGAGAGGUCGGCCGCCAACAUCCACUGUAGCGACCUCAACCUGCAGGUAUAUCAGCUUCAGUUUGAGCUGCGCAAAGCCCAGACAGAGACGGACUUCGAGAGGCAGCGCUCGCUCAAAUGCACCACCCCCAGCGAGACGCAGCAACUGCGGGAAGAGAUUAGCACUCUGAGCAGGCAGCUACUGGUGGCCGAGAAAUUCACCCCGGCGCGUGAGGAUAUCCUGGCCCAAGAUCUGGCUGAGGCGAUGGAUGGCCGUAUGGAGCUGGCUGAGCAGCUCAGGUGCUACAGAGAGGAGAAUGAACAGCUGGCCCGCGAGAGGCGGGAGAUGGUGGAACAUAAGGAGUGUCUGGCGCUGCAGGUUCAGAAGCUGACUCUGGACUGUGAGAUGUACCAGCAGAAGAGUACUGUUAUACAGAGCCAACUGAGGGAGCUACAGGGAGAGAGAGACCACGCGUACCUGUCCAGAGACGAGGCCCAGGCCCAGAUAGCCAGGAGCCUGGCUGAGAAGGACACGCUGCGCAGCCAACUGGUGGAGCUCCAGGAGGUCUUCACCCUCAGGGCCUGGGGGGCCUACCGAGGAGGCCCCGACACACCAGGGGAGAGGAAGUUUAGCUGGGAGAGCCAGGGCUCCAGCAGUGACAGCCUCCCCUCCAGCCCCUCACCUCGUCCCCGCCUCCGCCGCAUGCAUGCAAUUUGCCCCGAUUCCAUGAAGAGUGGCGAUAAUACUCCAAGUAGUGUCCGGUCCCAAAAUGUGGAGCCUCCAUGCCCAGAAUCACUGCGGAGACGAGAAGAGACCCAAUGGUACAAUCGAGACAGCUCGGAGACGGCUGAAUGUGACGUCUUACUUGACAAUGACUUUGUGUUCAUCCCCAGUGGCAAAGAGGUUGAGCAACCUGUUAUGUCACCCACACCUUCCUGCCAAAGCAACAACAGUGAUGGUCUCUCCAGGGCAUCAGCCCCCCCGUUCCUGCUGCGCUCCCGGCCCCGGGCCAUGCGCAUCACGGGCCGAGUCCUGACCAUCUCCUUCCAGGGGGAGGCGCUGCUGAGCCAGCUGCAGGUGGUGGGGGGUAACAAGACGGGCGUGUUCGUCCACCAGGUCACUGAGGGCUCCGCCGCCAACACAGUGGGCAUUAGUUCGGGGGCACAAAUACUGGAGGUGAAGUAUGAGCAGGCUCAGCAGGCUCUAAGGAUGGUUCUGGAGGACUCCACCCUGGAAGAAGCCAUGUGGGCUCUCGGGCAGGUCCGAGGCUUCUGCCACCUCUCCCUGAGGCCCAACCAAGAUGCCUAUGAGAAGCUCCUGCUCCAGCUGCAGAGUGGCGAGGCCUUGUCAGGUGACUCCUUCUACGUGCGUGUCAAUAUGUCGUUACCCGGGGGCUCGCAGGACGCUCUGACCGUCUCCUGUAACGACAUCCUCCACGUCACAUGCACCCGCCCAGCGGGCGCUGACUGCUCCUGGAGGGCCAGCCACGUCCACCCUUGCCAACUGCUGGACCUCAAGACGGGCAACUUGCCCAACUACUACAGGGCCCAACGCCUGCUGAUCAGAGCUAUCGAGGACAUGAGCUUCCAACCCAUGACACUUAGAAAGGCCCAGGACAAGAAGAAGACUGUGAGGAUCGUCAGUACGGGUAGACAGGGGAGGAAUCCUCUGUGGGUCUGUGUAGAAGACAGCAAGGACAAGAGCACUGGGCCAGGGGAUGCCUCUGCACCCAGAAGCUGUUUGACCCUCAUGCCCUACACCCUGGUCACGCCCCACUACCCACCCGUCUGUCGUCCGGUCCUCCUGCUACCCACAAUCCUCGGCCGUGUCCUGGAUCAGAAGCUGGCCGAGUGGCAGGGCUUUCAGUUGUGUGAGCCAGAGUUAUUGAGUUCCAGCGAGCAUGCUGCCAGGCUGCAGAGGUCUGAGGUGCUGGAGGAGUGUGAACAGGGGGGUCAGCGGUGUUACACCCUGCAGAGUGUUGAGAGGGUCAUGAAGCAGGGUACCCACUGUGUGCUGCCUCUAGGCCUGGACUGCGUACGCCGCCUCCACAGGGCAGAGAUCUUCCCCAUCAUCAUCUUCAUCGGCCAUUCCAAGUGCAGAGCACGCAAACUCAAGUAGGCCAUUGUGUGACUUUUGAUACGAAAUAUGAAUGGUAGCAAUAUUGUUCCAUUGCCUCUCAUACAUGGUGUACAUAUGUGUUUAUUUCUCUUGUUCUCUCUCUC